AUGGCUGAAGUUGAUGAGAAAUUCUGGGAGGAGGAAGAUGUUGAUAGAUUCAGCAAAGUGCAAGAGAGUUUCUUGACAAGUUUUUCAACUCUCAGUAUAAUUGAAUUCAUGUUAGUGGUCAAAACUCUAUUCGAUGAGGAGGGAAAAUGGAAGAUUGAGCCGGGACUCGUGGUGAUUUUGAUAAUGGAGCAUGCUCUAUUGUUGAUUAAGUUCGGUUUCUCUUGUUUGGUUCCUUCGGAACCAGCUUGGGUUAGAGCAGCCCAUGCAAAAAAUAGUUCGCAAGCACGAGACAUGUAUACUAAGAGGCUCUUGAGGACUAUUUCUGGAGGAGAAAAGACAAGAGAGCUGAAGAAGAUUGGGAAGGGAUUUUGUUGUUACUGUGGUGAUAAGAAAAUGCUAGGUCUUUUUUUAGACGAAUAUGACAAUGAUUCACGUUUGCAUUCACUCUUCCUCAAUCCAUGCUUCAGGAAUUCACCGGUGGAGAAGAGCUACGAGCUGCCGGACGGUCAGGUGAUCACAAUAGGGGCAGAAAGGUUCCGGUGCCUGGAAGUGUUGUUCCAGCCGUCCAUGAUCGGAAUGGAAGCCGCAGGCAUACACGAAACGACUUACAACUCGAUCAUGAAGUGUGAUGUUGAUAUCAGGAAGGAUCUUUAUGGUAACAUUGUUUUGAGUGGUGGAACCACAAUGUUUCCGGGUAUUGCUGAUAGGAUGAGCAAGGAGAUUUCUGCAUUGGCACCCAGUAGCAUGAAGAUAAGGUUGUUGCACCGCCCGAGAGGAAGUAGUGUCUGGAUUGGAAGCCCCAUUUUGGCUUCACUCAACACCUUCCAACAGAUGUGGAUUGCAAAGGCAGAAUAUGAUGAAUUAGGUCCAUCAAUCGUUCACAGGAAAUGCUUCUAA